AUGGCCUCCGCCGGUCUCCAGAUUCUGAGCAUCGUCCUGGCUCUUAUCGGUUGGCUAGGGGACAUUGUCAUCUGUGCGCUCCCCAUGUGGAAGGUAACUGCUUUCAUAGGCAACAACAUUGUGACGGCGCAGAUGUUCUGGGAAGGCCUAUGGAUGAACUGCGUGACGCAGAGCACGGGCCAGAUGCAGUGUAAAGUCUACGAUUCCAUGCUAGCUCUCCCUCAGGACCUCCAGGCCGCCAGAUCUCUGGUGAUCAUCUCCAUCCUCGUGGGCUUGAUCGGCAUUCUGCUCUCCGUGGCAGGCGGGAAGUGCACCAACUGCAUCGAGGACGAGGAGGCCAAGUCCAAAGUGGCCAUCGCAUCCGGCGUGUUUUUCCUGGUCUCUGGCGUCCUCUGCCUGAUCCCAGUGUCCUGGUCCGCCAACACCAUUAUCAGGGACUUCUACAACCCGCUGCUCACGGACGCGCAGAGGAGAGAGCUGGGAGCUUCACUGUUCAUCGGCUGGGGCUCUGCUGGCCUGAUGCUCAUCGGGGGUAUGCUUCUCUGCUGCCAGUGUGCCCAGCGUGAGGAGAGUGGGUACUCUGCCAAAUAUUCUGCCCCUCGCUUCACUGCCAGUAGAAGGGCCCAUGUCUGA